UGUGGGAAAGGAAGCGUCGCUGACGGCCGCUUAUGGUAGACUGCUCAAUUCGCCAAAUAUCUUCGACCUGCGAGGCGCUGAAUGAAAAAGAAAACUGUCGGAACGAUGCCGCUUCACGAAGUUAACGUUCUCGGCCCUUGAAGACAGCGAACAUAUGCCGGUGUCAUCGCCGCCGUCCUGCGCAGACGAGUGGGAUUCUGUGUCAAUGGACCGCGGCGUCUUUAUUUUCCGAAUAAAGUAGCGACGGAUAGUGGCCGCGCCGUGUGAAGGAACCUCGAGAUUAGUGUCGAAGAAGCCGGGCAAGAUGUCGACCAGCAGCCCCGAAGCGGUGAAGAAACUGCUGGAGAACAUGCAGACGGACCUGCGCUCUCUCUCCAUGGAGUGCAAGAAGAAAUUCCCCCCGGUGAAAGAGGCUGCAGAGUCUGGCAUUGUGAAGAUAAAGACCAUCGCUGCCAGAAAUGCUGACAUCCUGGCGGCUCUGAAGGAGAACAGCUCGGAGGUGGUGCAGCCGUUCCUGAUGGGAUGCGGCACCAAGGAGCCCAAGAUCACCCAGCUGUGUCUGGCUGCCAUUCAGAGGCUCAUGUCCCACGAGGUGGUUUCUGAGGCUGCUGCCGGGAACAUCAUCAACAUGCUGUGGCAGCUGAUGGAGAACGGUCUGGAGGAGCUCAAACUGCUGCAGACCGUCCUGGUUCUUCUCACCACCAACACAGUUGUGCAUGACGAAGUCCUGUCAAAGGCCAUCGUGUUGUGUUUCCGUCUCCACUUCACGAAGGACAACAUCACCAACAACACAGCAGCAGCCACCGUCAGACAAGUGGUCACCGUGGUGUUUGAGAGGAUGGUGGCGGAGGACGAGCGAUUCAAAGGCAUUGUGGAGCAGACCCCUCCAGUCCAGGGAAACACGAAUCGACGGUCAGUCAGCACUCUGAGGCCAAGCGCCAAAGACGCCUACAUGCUCUUCCAGGAUCUGUGCCAGCUGGUGAACGCUGACGCCCCCUACUGGUUGGUAGGCAUGACGGAGAUGACCAGAACGUUUGGCUUGGAGCUGCUGGAGUCUGUGCUCAAUGAUUUCCCAGGUGUUUUUCUCCAGCACCAGGAGUUCAGUUUCCUGCUGAAGGAGCGCGUGUGUCCGCUGGUCAUCAAGCUCUUCUCCCCCAACAUCAAGUUCCGCCAGGGCAACACCAGCGCCGCCUCCCCAGCUCCUGUGGAGAAGCCCUACUUUCCCAUCUGCAUGAGGCUCCUGCGGGUCGUCUCUGUUCUCAUCAAGCAUUUUUACACGCUGCUGGUGACGGAGUGUGAGAUCUUCCUGUCGCUGCUGGUGAAGUUCCUGGACGGAGAGAAGCCGCAGUGGCUGCGGGCCGUGGCUGUGGAGUCCGUCCACCGACUGUGUGUGCAGCCACACCUCUUAUGCUCGUUCUGCCAGUCGUACGACAUGAAGCAACACUCCACCAAAGUGUUCCGGGACAUCGUCAACGCCCUGGGCUCCUUCAUCCAGUCGCUCUUCAUCGUCACCAACGCAGGAAACUCGGCGGCAGUGAACACACCAGCAGGGGGUUCCGGUUCAGGGGUUCAGCCGGCAUCACAAGGUGGUCCGGGCCCAGCUGGGGUCAGCGGGAACCUGACUACCCAGGCUGCGUUUGAAUACAGAGGCACCUGGAUCCCGCUGAUGACCGUCAGUGUCCAGGGCAGCGCCAAGGCCACCUAUCUGGAAAUGUUGGACAAAGUGGAGCCGCCGUCCAUCCCAGAAGGCUACGCCAUGUCGGUGGCGUUCAGUGCUCUGCUGGAUCUGGUCAGAGGCAUCACCACCAUGAUUGAGCGGGAGCUGAACACGGAGGAGCAGGCGGCGGCGGAGCUGAGGGAACCUCACUCGGACAAGAAAUGGGAGCCUGAACCUGGAAGUCACCAGGUGUGGGAGGAAAUGGUCAACGCCUGCUGGUGUGGCCUGCUAGCUGCUCUCUCUCUGCUGCUGGACGCCAGCACGGAUGAAACAGCCACCGAGAACAUCCUGAAGGCAGAGCUGACCAUGGCCUCGCUGUGCGGUCGCCUGGGUCUGGUGACGCCGCGUGACGCCUUCAUCACCGCCAUCUGCAAGGCAUCUCUGCCGCCUCACUACGCCCUGACUGUGCUCAGCAGCAACGCCACCCACCUGUCGAGCAAAGCCUACUCCAUCCAGGGCCAGAGCGUGCAGAUCAUCAGCCCCUCCAGCGACUCUCAUCAGCAGGUGGUGGCCGUGGGCCAGCCGCUGAGCGCCCAGCCACAGGGCACCGUGGUGCUGACAGCCAAGAACAUCCAGUGCAUGAGAACCCUGCUGAACCUGGCCCACUGCCACGGCGCCAUGCUGGGCACCUCCUGGCAGCUGGUCCUGGCCACACUGCAGCACUUGGUGUGGAUCCUGGGGCUGAAGCCCGGGGUGGGAGGGGCCCUGAAACCGGGUCGAGCCGUGGAGGGGCCCAGUACGGUGCUGACGACAGCCGUGAUGACCGACCUGCCCGUCAUCUCCAACAUUCUCUCCCGACUCUUUGAAAGUUCACAGUAUCUGGACGACGUUUCCCUGCACCAUCUCAUCAACGCGCUCUGCUCCCUCUCACUGGAGGCCAUGGAGAUGGCGUACGGGAACAACAAGGAGCCGUCCCUGUUUGCCGUGGCCAAGCUGCUGGAAACCGGUUUGGUCAACAUGGAUCGUAUAGAGAUUCUGUGGAGACCUCUGACUGGACACCUGCUGGAGGUCUGCCAGCACCCAAACUCCAGAAUGAGAGAGUGGGGGGCCGAAGCCCUGACGGCCCUCAUCAAAGCCGGCCUGGCCUUCAAACACGAGCCUCCGCUGGCUCAGAAUCAGCGGCUGCAGCUUCUGCUGCUGAACCCCCUGAAGGAGCUGUCCAACAUCCUGCACGCCGACAUCCGACAGAAGCAGCUGGAGAGCGUGCUGCAGAUCCUGCAGAGCCAGGGAGACGGCCUGGGCCCCGGGUGGCCCCUGGUUUUGGGCGUGAUAGGGGCCAUUCGCAACGACCAAGGGGAGUCGCUAAUCCGAACAGCCUUCCAGUGCCUGCAGUUGGUGGUGACGGACUUCCUUCCCACAAUGCCUUGCACGUGCCUCCAGAUCGUCGUGGAUGUAGCCGGCAGCUUCGGCCUUCAGAAUCAGGAGCUCAACAUCAGCCUCACAUCUAUCGGCCUUCUGUGGAACAUUUCCGACUACUUCUUCCAAAGAGGUGACGCCAUCACGCGUGAGCUGGAGCGGGAGGAGGAGGCCCUGCAGAGGCAGGCCAAGGAGAGAGGGGAGACGCUCAACCGGCCCUUCCACCCGGCCCCGCCCUUCGACUGCCUGUGGCUCUGCCUGUACGCCAAGCUGGGCGAGCUGUGCGUGGACCCCAGGCCCGCCGUGCGCAAGAGUGCCGGGCAGACGCUCUUCUCCACCAUCGCAGCCCACGGGACGCUGCUGCAGCAGCCCACGUGGCACAUCGUGGUCUGGAAGGUUCUGUUCCACCUGCUGAAUUGUGUUCGCACCUCCUCCACCACCGCUGACAAGGAGAAGAUCGAGUCUGGGGGCGGCAACAUCCUCAUACACCACUCGCGCGACACCGCUGAGAAGCAGUGGGCGGAGACCUGGGUGCUGACGCUGGCGGGCGUGGCUCGCAUCUUCAACACCCGCCGGUAUCUGCUUCAGCAGUUGGGAGAUUUCUUCGAGGCCUGGGAGGUCCUGCUGAACCACAUCCAGUCGGCGGCUCUCAGCAAGAACAACGAGGUCUCUCUCGCCGCCCUCAAGAGCUUCCAGGAGAUCCUGCAGAUCGUCACUCCCGCCAAGGAGUCGGACAAAACCAGCGACGCGCUCGCCGCCAUGGGCGUGCCCCCCGUGCUCAUUGACCCGCUGACGGCGUCCGGACCCGGCAGACCUCUGGUGCGCUCAGACUCGCUGGUGGAGCGGCUGACGCGGUACAACGGCGCCGAGCUGCAGGCACCGCCCCCGGGCGAGGACUCGGCCUUAGAAGACUCGGCCUUGUGGUGGUCUGCGUGGAACACGUGGUACCGGACUGGCACAGACAGCACCAGGCCGCCCACCGGCCCCAUGGAGAAGCUCUCCUUCAUCCCCAGCCAGCCCUUCCUCACAGCCUUGGUCCAGAUCUUCCCAGCGCUGUACCUGCACAUCAAGGCCAACUUCAGCAUGGACGACCUCAAGAAGCUGGGCAUCAUCCUCCACGGCGCCGUGUCCGUGCCCAUCAGCAGCGACGCCUCGCCCUUCAUCCUGCCGUCGUACACGGAGGCGGUGCUGACCGGCCUGCAGGAGGCGGUGCUCACCUCCCUGGAUGUCCUGCAGAAGGCCAUCUGUGUGGGCCCCGAGAACCUGCAGGUCAUGUACCCGGCCAUCUUUGAACAGCUGCUGCUCUUCGUGGAGUUCUCCUGCAAGCCGCCUCAGUACGGCCGGAUGGAGACCAAACACGUGGCCAACGCCAAAUACAACCAGAUCCAGCUGUUUGCACCGGCGGAGUGGGUUGCCUUAAACUACGUGCCCUUCGCGGAGCGCUCCCUGGAGGUGGUGGUGGACCUGUACCACAAGACGGCGUGUCACAAAGCCGUCAUCAACGAGAAGGUCCUGCAGAACAUCAUCAAGACUCUCCGGAUGCCGCUGGGCCUCAAGUACGCCUGUCCGUCAGAGAGCACCUGGAAGCUAGCCGUCUCCUCGCUGCUCAAGGUCCUGUCCAUCGGGCUGCCGGUGGCCCGGCAACACGCCUCCUCUGGGAAGUUCGACACCAUGUGGCCCGAGUUGGCCAACGCCUUCCAGGACUUCCUCUUCACCAAAAGCUCUCCCCCCGACAACUUGUCCAUCCAGGAGUUUCAAAAGAACGAGUCGGUGGACGUGGAGGUGGUGCAGCUCAUCAGCACAGAGAUUUUACCGUUUGCCAAUUUCAUCCCCAAAGACUUUGUUGGCCAGAUCAUGGCGAUGCUGAACAAAGGCUCCAUCCACUCGCAGGCCCCCUCCUUCACAGAGGCCGAGAUCGACGUGCGGAUGCGAGAGCAGUUCUCCAAAGUCUGCUUCGAGACGCUGCUGCAGUUCUCCUUCAGCAACAAGGCCACCACGCCGCAGGAGGGCUACAUCUCUCGCAUGGCGCUCUCCGUGCUCCUCAAGAGGUCUCAGGACGUCCUGCGCCGCUACGUGGAGGACGAGCGGCUGAGCGGCCGCUGCCCGCUGCCCAGACAACAGGUGACGGAGAUCAUCUUCGUCCUGAAGGCCAUCAGCACUUUGAUGGACUCGCUGAAGAAGACGCAGCCGGAGAACGUGGACGGCAACACGUGGGCCCAGGUCAUCUCCCUCUACCCCACCCUGGUGGAGUGCAUCACCUGCUCCUCCUCCGAGGUCAGCUCCGCCCUGAAGGAGGCCCUGGGGCCCUUCAAAGACUUUAUGCAGGCCCCCAUCUCCAGAGUCCAGAACGGGGAGUCCUGACCGCGCUAGUUUUUUUUGGUUUGUUUUUUUUUUAACCACAAAAGUUGAAUGUGCUUCACGACGAGUCGCCCGCCCGGACUGGAGGAGUCCCGCCGCCAUUUGUACGCUUCGCUCCGGCCUCCAUUCUCAUCAGGAGCCAGUCGUGACUCCGGAGCUUCAACCAUCGUGAACGUCAGACUUUUGCAGCCCAGUGGAUUUUAUGCAACAAGUGUGUCACAUUCCAUGUCAUCUGACGUCUGAAGGGACGUUCCUGUCCACCUGAAAUAAAUUAGACCAUUCUACUGUCGCCUGCUUC